CAUUCGAUUUCAGUUUAGCCCCAGACUCGACGCCGUGCAGGUUGACUAACUGCCAGGCUCCCUAAACACGAAACACCCAAAGCAAACACAAUCGCUCGCUUGCCCGCCCAACGCACACAUAUAGACGCCAGCGAGCUCGAAACCUAUUGCACCUGCGUUCCCUAAUCAAUUCUAAUCCCAGCAUGUCGGCGAAAGCAAUUACGGAGGCCUCCGGCAAGGACAUCCUGAACCGCCAUCUCAACACGCACGGCGCCGGCGCAGCCACUUGCCGUUUUGCCACAGUGAACGCAACAACAGAUUGGUCCAAGCUCAGCAUCGACCAGCCUUGGCUGCUGACCACGCCGCUGGUGGUCAAGCCGGAUCAACUGAUUAAGCGCCGCGGCAAGCUGGGUUUGAUUGGCGUGAAGAAGAACUUUGACCAGGUGAAGCAGUGGAUUGGAGAGCGCCUCAACAAGGACCAGAAAAUCGGAAAUGCCGUGGGCAAACUGCGCAACUUUAUCAUUGAGCCCUUCGUGCCACACACUGAUGCUGAGGAGAUGUACGUAUGCAUCUAUUCUCACCGCGCCGCAGACACCAUACUGUUCUAUCACCAGGGCGGCGUUGAUAUUGGCGAUGUGGAUGCUAAGGCCGUAAAACUUGACGUGCCGGUGAACUCCAAACUGUCGCUGGCCGACGUGAAGAGCAAGCUACUGAAGGAGGUCAAGGAUGCUGGCACCAAGGAACGCAUUGCCAAGUUCAUUAGCGCUCUGUACACUACCUUCGUGGACCUGUACUUUACGUAUCUGGAAAUCAAUCCCCUGGUCGUGACGGCCGACAACCUGUACAUUCUGGAUUUGGCGGCCAAGCUGGACUCGACCGCCGAUUUCAUUUGCCGUCCCAAGUGGGGUGAAAUCGACUACCCGCCGCCAUUCGGCCGUGAUGCCUACCCCGAGGAGGCCUACAUUGCCGAUCUGGAUGCCAAGAGCGGUGCUUCCCUCAAGCUGACGAUCCUCAAUCGUAAUGGACGCAUUUGGACUAUGGUUGCAGGAGGCGGAGCCAGUGUUAUCUACUCGGACACUAUCUGCGACUUGGGUGGAGCCUCAGAGCUAGCCAACUAUGGCGAGUACAGCGGCGCCCCAUCAGAGCAGCAGACGUACGAGUACGCCAAGACGAUCCUUAACCUGAUGACCUCUUCGCCGAAGCAUCCCGACGGAAAGGUGCUGAUUACUGGCGGUGGCAUUGCGAACUUCACCAAUGUGGCGGCGACCUUCCAAGGCAUCAUCACCGCCUUGCGCGAGUUCCAGCCCAAGCUGGCGGAGCACAACGUAUCGAUCUUUGUGCGACGUGCCGGACCCAACUACCAGGAGGGCCUGCGACGGAUGCGUGACUUUGGCAGUACCCUAGGCAUACCGCUGCACGUCUUCGGACCCGAAACGCACAUGACUGCUAUUUGCGGUAUGGCCCUGGGCAAGCGACCCAUUCCCCAGGCGGCCAGCGUGGAGUUCUCCACGGCCAACUUCCUGCUGCCCGGCGGACAGCAGGCGCAGGCGGAUCUUAAGGCGGCCAGUGAGGUCGGCGAGACUCUGGGCUCCGCCCUGAGCCCGACCGCAGCUAAACCGAUUAAACUACCACCUAUCUCAGCAGAUGAGGGCGACAAUAGCGCCAGCGCUGGCGGUGCCCAUCGUAAUGGAUCGAGUCUGAACCGCAAGUUCUUCUCAAACACCACCAAGGCAAUUGUGUGGGGCAUGCAGCAGCGGGCGGUGCAGUCUAUGCUUGACUUUGACUUUAUCUGCAGACGCGAUGAGCCCUCUGUGGUAGCCAUGGUCUAUCCCUUCACCGGCGAUCACAAGCAAAAGUACUACUGGGGCCACAAGGAGAUCCUAAUUCCCGUUUACAAGAAAAUGUCCGAUGCCAUCCACAAGCACAAGGAGGUCGAUGUCAUGGUAAACUUUGCGUCCAUGCGCAGCGCCUACGAGUCCACCCUGGAGGUGCUAGAGUUCCCCCAGAUCCGCACCGUGGCCAUCAUAGCCGAGGGCAUUCCCGAGAAUAUGACCCGCAAGCUGAUUAUCGAGGCGGACAAAAAAGGUGUGGCAAUCAUUGGACCGGCCACAGUGGGUGGCGUUAAACCAGGUUGCUUCAAAAUUGGUAACACCGGCGGCAUGCUGGACAACAUCCUGCACUCGAAACUGUACCGUCCUGGCAGUGUUGCGUAUGUCUCCCGCUCCGGAGGAAUGUCCAACGAGCUGAACAACAUCAUCUCCAAGGCCACAGACGGCGUCAUCGAGGGUAUCGCCAUUGGCGGUGAUCGCUACCCGGGCUCCACCUUCAUGGAUCACAUUCUUCGCUACCAGGCCGAUCCGGAGACGAAGCUGAUCGUCCUUCUGGGCGAAGUGGGAGGCACCGAGGAGUAUGAUGUGUGCGCCGCCUUGAAGGACGGACGCAUAACGAAGCCCUUGGUGGCCUGGUGCAUUGGCACAUGUGCCAGCAUGUUUACCUCAGAGGUGCAGUUCGGCCACGCCGGAUCCUGCGCCAAUUCCGAUCGCGAGACGGCAACGGCCAAGAACAAAGGACUCCGAGAGGCCGGUGCCUACGUGCCAGACUCCUUCGACACGCUGGGCGAGCUCAUUCACCACGUGUACGGAGAGCUGGUAAAGACGGGUCGCGUCGUGCCCAAAGAGGAGGUUCCGCCGCCGACAGUGCCUAUGGAUUACUCGUGGGCUCGCGAGCUGGGCCUGAUUCGUAAGCCCGCCUCCUUCAUGACCUCCAUUUGCGACGAGCGUGGACAGGAGCUGAUCUACGCAGGAAUGCCCAUCAGCGAAGUGCUGAGCAAGGACGUGGGUAUCGGCGGUGUCAUCUCGCUGCUCUGGUUCCAGCGCUGCCUGCCCUCCUACGUGUGCAAGUUCUUCGAGAUGUGCUUGAUGGUCACCGCGGAUCACGGCCCAGCUGUUUCUGGAGCUCACAAUACCAUAGUGUGCGCCCGUGCCGGCAAGGAUCUGGUGUCUUCCGUUGUCAGCGGUCUGCUGACAAUCGGUGAUCGUUUCGGAGGUGCUUUGGACGGAUCUGCGCGACAGUUCUCUGAGGCGUACGACACCAACCUGCAUCCAAUGGAGUUUGUGAAUAAGAUGCGCAAGGAAGGCAAGCUCAUCCUGGGCAUUGGCCACCGCGUGAAAUCCAUCAACAAUCCCGAUGUGCGUGUGAAGAUCAUUAAGGAGUUCGUGCUGGAGAAUUUCCCGGCGUGCCCGCUCCUCAAAUACGCCCUCGAGGUGGAGAAGAUCACCACCAACAAGAAGCCGAAUCUGAUCCUCAAUGUGGAUGGCGUGAUAGCUACUGCCUUUGUGGAUAUGCUGCGCAACAGCGGUUCCUUCACCAGUGAGGAGGCACAGGAAUAUAUCAAUGUUGGCGCCAUCAACUCUCUGUUUGUGCUGGGUCGCAGCAUAGGAUUUAUCGGACAUUACAUGGACCAAAAGCGUCUCAAGCAGGGUCUUUACCGCCAUCCGUGGGACGACAUCUCCUACGUCAUUCCCGAGCAGUACAACUAAGCGGCGGCGGCGGCGGCGUAUAUACAAGCAUAUAUAAAUAUUAUUCGGAAGUUGUUGUAGUUAAGCACAGAUGUACGAUGUUAGGCAAGGAGGCACCCAGUCCCGGCCCACCUCCCUCUCCCUCCCAUCCCCAUCCUUAUCACUUAACCUGCAUUUAAAGUUCUUAAGUUACCAUCAUUGCCCAAGGCGCAUGACUCGGAGCCCGUAGGGGUUUUGGGAUCCAAGUCUAGUGAAAGCUAGUGCUCCGAGGAAAAGGCACAAAACAUAACCCAGCAUGACUCUCUAUUUGAUACUUUUAUACUUUAGUUGGAUGCUCAUACACAAUUGUCUAGACAACAAGUGAAUAAAUUGUUGCAAAAUCUUAGGUUUAUGUUGAUCA